AUGACAGGGUUGAAACAAAGGAACAAGGUCACUGAUCAACAGAGGGAAGACAAUGGAGGGGUAUCCUCAAGUGUUCGCACUCCGGGGGUUAAUGCUAAGGUGAAGGCGAAAGUUGAUGAAGAUGACACUGAAGGUGGGAGUGAAGAAGAAGAAGAAGGCGAUGAUAAUGAUGAUGAAGAAGAAGAAGAUGAUGAUGAUGGCGAUGAUGGAACUCCUCCCAACACAAUUGAACCUACAACUCCUACGAAGUCAAAGAAAAAACUUCAUCAUGUUUUCACCAAAGGGUUGGUGAGGGCUCAAUCACUUACUAAAAAAUCCAAAUCAAAGUCGGCGGCUAAAUAUAAAGAGGGUAAGACUGAAAAUUCCAGAAGAUUCUAUCAAACUCGUAGAGUUGUGUUUGUGUUGGGUGCUGUGAUUGGUUUGGCUUUAACUAUUAUCUUCUCACUGGAUGCUCUGUUGCCGGAAUUUGCGCCGCUGUUUGUUAGUGAAUUGGAUAAAUACAUUAACAUUGAUUCAGUGAAUGAUUUCCUUGAAGAUUGGAAGGAUGUCAUCCCCACUUCGAUUCAAGGAAUUAUUGGUGAUAUGGGCAUUGAACAUGAAACCGAAGAUGCGAUUCAUGGAUCAGCUGAGCUGUUUUCCGUGGGUAGAAGAAUGGCAAAGCAAUACAAUGUCACUAGGAAAUUUAACGUGCUUCUUGUUCCUGGUACCACCUCUACUGGUAUUGAAUCUUGGGGGUUAGACAAUACUGAUAUUAGUUGUCCUUCGCAACCACAUUUCCGUAAGAGAUUAUGGGGUUCUUAUUAUAUGCUUAAAACCAUGAUUAUGGAUAAAUCUUGUUGGUUGAAACAUAUUAUGUUGGAUCCUGUUACGGGCUUGGAUCCACCAGGAAUUAAAUUGAGAGCUUGUCAAGGUUUUGAAGGCGCCGAUUUCUUUAUGGCUGGAUAUUGGAUUUGGAAUAAAGUUUUGCAAAAUUUGGCAGUCAUUGGAUAUGAUCCAAAUACAAUGUUAAGUGCUAGUUAUGAUUGGAGGUUGGCGUUUUUGGAUUUAGAACGUCGUGAUGCUUAUUUCAGUAAAUUAAAGGAAUCAAUAGAACUAAACAAACGUCAAACAGGUGAAAAGACUGUCCUUGUUGGUCAUUCUAUGGGUGCACAAGUUAUUUAUUAUUUUAUGAAAUGGGUUGAAGCAGAAGGACCUUUAUAUGGUAACGGAGGUUCUCAAUGGGUCAAUGACCAUAUUGAAGCAUUUGUUGAUGUUUCAGGUACUUUAUUAGGAGCUCCUAAAUGUGUUCCAGCUUUAAUUUCUGGAGAAAUGAAAGAUACGGUUCAAUUGAAUGCUAUUGCAAUGUAUGGAUUAGAGAAAUUUUUUAGUCGGAAGGAAAGAGUUCAAUUAUUGAGAUCUUUUGGAGGUAUACCUUCAAUGCUUCCCAAGGGAGGUGAUUUGAUUUGGGGUACUUUGACUGAAGCACCAGAUGAUGUGCUUGGAUUAUUAAAUACUAGCAUUGCUAGUGAAGAAGCCAAAACAAUGAAGGCCAAAUCUUAUGGUACCUUUAUUGAAUUAGUUAAUAAAACUGAUUCUUCUUUAUCGCGGAAUUUGACUGUUGCUGAUAGUCUUGAAUAUUUAUUGGACACUUCUCCUGAAUGGUUUGUUAAUCGUAUAAAUGAACAAUACUCUUAUGGAGUUGCCAAAACCAGAAAAGAAUUGGAAGAAAACAACAAACACCAUAGCAAAUGGUCUAACCCACUUGAAGCUGCAUUACCCUAUGCCCCUGACAUGAAAAUAUAUUGUUUCUAUGGAGUUGGAAACCCUACUGAAAGAGCUUACAAGUAUGCAGAUGCCGGUGGGCUCACUGAUUUAGACAUUACCAUAGAUCCUGAUUCUCCGGAUAGAGUUACCAUGGGAGAUGGAGAUGGAACAGUGUCAUUACUAGCCCAUAGUAUUUGCCAUGAAUGGCAGAAGGGUUCAGCCCUGAGAUACAAUCCAGGGAACUCUAAGGUAACCAUUGUUGAAAUGAAGCAUGAACCAGAUAGAUUUGAUAUUAGAGGUGGCGCAAAGACUGCAGAGCAUGUUGAUAUUUUAGGUUCUGCAGAAUUGAACGAAUUGAUUUUGAAAGUCGCUGGAGGUCUUGGUGAUACGAUCCAAAACAGAUUUAUAAGUAAUUUGGGAGAGAUUGUUGAAACUCUUGACAUUUAA